GGAAAACAGAGCAGAGGGUCCGCGUAUUUACUUGAAAUGAACUCUUUCCUUUUGUAUUUUCUCGAGGAAAUUUGUCUCUCAACGGCUUUAAUUUGAAAUUCUUCCGUCGUUGUCCUUUUACGCGGACUUGGUAUUAAUAGUUGUCGCCCACUCACCAAACCCAAUCUCUCCGAGUUAGGGUUCUCCAACAAUGCUGUUUUGAUUCAAAAUCAUUUCUUUUUCAGAAGGCUGGGGAGUCCAAACUUGACCUUUGUACAUACAAAGAAAACGACUAGAAGAGCUGCUGGAAAAAGAAAUUUUUAGACUGGCUGUACAAGCAUGGCAUCUGGGAAUCCGUUUUAUGAUGAUCUACGUAACAAACCUGAGGUUAUUGAUCCUCCUCAAAGUGAGGAUAUGAUGGAUAUCAGUGAGCCUUCUGUGAAUGAUCCAACUCAAACUGCUCUUAAACCUAAUUUGACCGUGUCUAGUAGUGUUCGUGAACUCUUAGAAUGUCCUGUAUGCUUAAAUGCCAUGUACCCACCAAUUCAUCAGUGUUCAAAUGGGCACACCUUGUGUUCUGGUUGUAAGCCCAGGGUGCACAAUCGAUGCCCCACUUGCAGGCAUGAACUUGGCAACAUUAGAUGUCUUGCACUAGAGAAGGUGGCUGCAUCUCUUGAGCUUCCAUGUAAAUAUCAGAGCUAUGGGUGCAUAGGCAUAUAUCCAUAUUACAGCAAGCUGAAACAUGAAUCCCAGUGUGUCUUUAGGCCAUAUAACUGUCCUUAUGCGGGAUCAGAAUGUACAGUCGUGGGUGAUAUUCCUUAUUUGGUUGCCCAUUUGAAAGAUGAUCACAAAGUUGACAUGCACAGUGGCAGUACUUUUAACCAUCGUUAUGUCAAAGCAAAUCCUCAUGAGGUUGAGAAUGCCACAUGGAUGCUAACGGUUUUCAGUUGCUUUGGUCAGUACUUCUGUCUGCAUUUUGAAGCCUUCCAGCUUGGUGUGGCUCCUGUUUACAUAGCAUUCCUGCGGUUUAUGGGUGAUGAUAAUGAGGCCAAAAACUACAGCUACAGUCUUGAAGUUGGUGGUAAUGGGAGGAAGAUGAUAUGGCAAGGAGUGCCUAGAAGCAUAAGGGACAGCCACAAAAAGGUGCGUGACAGUUUCGAUGGUCUCAUUAUCCAAAGAAACAUGGCUCUAUUCUUCUCAGGUGGUGACCGAAAAGAAUUGAAACUUAGAGUGACUGGAAGAAUUUGGAAAGAGCAGUGAGCAAUGAAAAUUGCUCCUCGCAGCUUCUAAUCACAUUAUAUGCCUAUCGUAGAUGGUAGAUUUUGUCAUUUGUCUGAAGAGUAGGUGAGUCUUGUGGUCAUGUAUAUUUUGAAUUGUAAAAAGCAAACUCUCUUUGCUUGUCACUUCGCUGAAUACAUGACUUCUAUGACUGCAAUUGUAUUAUUUAUACACAAUUGAGGCCCUUUUAAGACCA